AUGAGCAGUACCGGUACAAUAUCGAGAACGUCAUCGACGAAGUCGUCAAAAAAGUCGACUUCGUCAUUUGAAAGACUAUCAUUUUCCUCAGACCGAUCAAGUCCGGCUUCGAUUCAAAAGAACUCGCUCAUAAACUUCGAAGCAUCGGACGACUGCUCCAGCACAAGUUCGUACACAAACACUCAACGUAACAUCACCACGAACAAUUACAGUUCUCCUAAAUCGCCUAGCGUGUCAUCAGUAAGUUCGAAAGUGAUUUUCGCGAAGUGCAGUCCGCGUUCGCACCCGUACAGUCCGACGUCGAAAAGUGAAAAGGUAUUCACAUUUUCGCAGGGAGAAAGUACGACCAGAAAAUGCGGAAGCGAAACCGAAUUCGACAUGGCCUACAGCCCCACUGACUUCCACAAAGGCCAAAUUUCACCCAGCUACAGUGGAGCGAAAGGGACGCAUAUUAGUCACAAGUCGCCCAAAUCUCCCCGUCCACCCUCCGUUUCUGGUACUCCACCGUCUCCUUCCAGAUACGUGGAAAACAAUGUCAACGACAGCUGUUUUAAUUUCAACAUUCAGCCUCCUCCAAAACCCAAGAAUCACGGUCUAUACAGGCAACAAUUUCAGGAGAGCAAAAACAGUUCAAACAGCUCCAAAUCCAGUUUGGAAUAUGUUGCGACCACUCAACACCCAAACGGAGAUUACCAGAGCGUCGAAUAUAAAGUUAUGAAUCCAAUAGAAGCCACAUGGGGAGAAAGCAGUUGCAAGGACAGGGACCAGGCAAUUCCGACAAUUGUUAAACGUCGCGCUCGACAUUCCUCCAUCAAGGAAAAGAACGAAAGAAGGCCUAUAUGCAAUAUACGCACAAAUCCUGGAUAUGACGAGAAAUAUGGAUCCAAUAGAUCGAUUUCGGAAUCGGCUAAAGAAAAUAGAAGUCUUCAGAGGUGCAGAAAAUCUACCUCUGAUCUGACAGAUCUCACAGACGAAGCGAACCAAACAACUCUCACCUCACUAAGUAGACCGAGUUCCCCGAGAAGGAAAGGAUCUGGUAAAGGAUUAGCUUAUCUGGCGUCCAGGCGCAGUUCGCGGGAUUCAAUGGCUUCGAAUGUUUCGAAUGAAGACAUCGGACCUUUAAACUUUCAAAACACUGCACGAGGAAGGCAACGGCGCACAUCAAACUUUUUGGAAUUACCAGAGCGGUUAAAGGAAGCAGUCAAGGAAAAAAGAAGAGGACAAUUGGCCAAAGAUUUGUUUGGUUGUUCCAGAUUGCACGACAACGCGUCUGUUCACAAGGGCCGUGUUACGAUGGUUGCCCUGCAAAAGGUGGCUUCGAAGUUUUGCCUCACCCACCCUACAGUCCUGACCCAGCUCCCAGCGAUUAUUACCUAUACCCAAACUUGA